AUGUCCGAUCGAGGUCGAUAUCGGGAAGUAGAAGCUUUCGAUAUGCAGGUGAACGGGAAUUCUUCGGUGAGGGCUUUAGUUGGAGUCUCGGAUCGAUUGGAUCCUAUGAAUGCGGAAGCUACGAAUAAAUACGAAAAGUACCACUAUGGGGCCGAAUCAAUACUACCAGAGGUCGAGGAGCCUGAAUCGCCAGAUGCUGGCCAUCAGAGCAUCACACUCUCCGUUGUCCUCUUAACGUCUUGUGCGAUCGUUCCUGCCGUUAUGGGUGCACUUUUCUAUGUUUCCAUUGGGUUCAACGCCGUAGAUGGUGUUUAUUACCCUAACGGCACCUUCGUUCGUCCCAUCGACGAAGGUGCAAUCAUAGGUGGCGAGAACUCGUUUCUGACAGCUCAUUUCUCACCUUUGUUGGUGUCUUCAAUUGCCAGCUCUGUCAUAGGGGUCGUUUCGCCUUUCGCCAUGUGCCUCUUCGCGUACCAUCUCGCCGUUUCGUGGCUUCGUGCCUCAGCUGCCCACCCAACCAACCUCCCCACACCUUCCCAGUACUAUCACACACUCAAUGUCGUUACCAACCUCUCACCGACCUCGUUAUUUCUCCUCCUACACUACGCCAUACGUCAAAUCCGACCCUCCUCCUCCUCACCGCAUGCCGUCCGACGUCCGACUCCCCCAAUCCUCAAACUCGCAGCCGUCAGUGCCGUUCUCAUUCUCUCCGUCACUUGGGCCAUCCGGGUUAUCGAUAUCGUUUUGCACGAACAACUCACCUCCACCAUCCUCUACGUCCCGAAUCAGGCGAAGACGGCUUAUUUUGGACGAGCAGUCAUCGCAGAUGCUUGCCAAGCAACGGAUACGGAUAAUUGCCCUGUCAUCACUCGUACCAGCACGGCAAACCUUGGAGGCCUCAACGAAUCUACGAUCUUCAAGGUCUACGAACACGGCUCUUCCGACGCCUCUCGAAAUCAAAGUGUAGCGUUCGUCGGUCCUUCCGACGUCACAAGCCACACCGACCUUAAUUACACUUCUCACACCUACGCGGCCUCUACCGAAUGUCAGGUCUAUCACCCGACCUGCCUUGUCCAGAACGACACCAUACAGACUUGUACACCAACCAUCCCAGAUGGACCACUACCCGCUAUCGACGACUGGAACUCGUUCGUGUGGAAUACUGGAUUCGACACAUCGGCCUGGCAGAUGAGGCUUCAGACGUUUUUGACGUUGAAAGGUAGCUUGACAGAGUCUUCCAAUGCGCUCACCAACGGCGCGAACGUGAAUCCGUUUACGACUGCGAGUUUUGGGUGCUUUUCCGAUUAUGGUGCGAUCCCCUACAACGAUUCUCAAUUCAAUACCACGACCCCCUUCAUGAAUUGGUGGAGCUACGGCGCAGGACUCACCAACAAGCCCUACAUUCUCUGUUCCAUCUCGAUUUGCAACACUACGGUCUACGACGCCGAGUAUACGCUCUACAAUGGUACCCUGACGCUCGAUAACUCUACAUUUACCGAAGCCAAUGCUUCCGCUGCCAUCGCUGUCUCUGGAGCAGGACUCUACCUCGGGACCGCCGAUACAAGCUACUACCAGUGGGGCUCUCGCUUCCUCGACGACCAGAUCCAGAUGGACCUUUCGUCCGCCGGAAACACUUACGGCAACUCUACCACUCAGUUCGGCGCUGCGCUGGCACAAGCUUUCAGCAACAGAUAUCUCGGAUGGUCGGCGGGGUCGAUCGUCAUGAAAGAGGUGGAGGCGGACAGUACGAGGGCGGAGCUGGCUAUUUCGAUUCCGUUGGGAACGUCGCACGCGUUCGCAAUAUUGAAUUUUGCAUAUGCGUUAGGGAUCGUGGUGUUGGGCGUCUCGUGCUUGAUAUUGCCGAAGAGGCAGGGUUGGGGAUGGAGAACGUCAGGCGCGGGAUCGACGAGAUUCAGUGUGCAGGAUUUGAAGUCGGCGCACGUGAGGCUUUCAGAUACUUCGUUGCUUGUGCAUGAGUUGGCGUCGAGACCGGGGCCGGGUUCGAGAGAGGAGUUGGUGAGGGGAGAAGCGAGUGGAUAUGAGGAUGGAUAUACGGGACUGGCGGGUAGAGGGACAGAGUUGAGACGGAUCUCAAGUACACCCUCGAUGAAGGGUUGGCUGUGGGGAGGAGGACAGAGUGAGAGUGAUGACCUGCGCGUGAGCUUGGAGAGGAGGAGCGACGGCGGACUUGGGUUCGAUUUCAGGAAGCACAUCUGA